GUUUCCUGGCACUCAGUGAUGAUGAGAGAGGAGGGUACUGAAUAAAGAGGAACUGCAGGGAAUUCACAUAAAAUAUCAAGCCGUCCAUUCUUCUCCAAGACUAGCUGUGAUGAUGGAGAAAGCUGCACUGCUCCUGUUUUGUUGCCUGGUCAUGUCUUUAUCAGGUUCCCCGCUUUACCCAUCCAUUAGGUUCGGCCAGAGGGACACAUCCAUCCUGAUGACAUCUUCUAUAAAUAAUCCAGCACAGAAGCUGCGGGAUGACACAAGUCCUCCCAGGGAGCGAGCAGAGUUACGCUCAGGACGUCACGCUGACGCCAUCUUUACAAACAGUUACAGGAAAGUCCUGGGCCAAAUCUCUGCCAGGAAGUUCCUUCAGACAAUUAUGGGCAAACGGCUGGGUGAUGAAAGUGAGAGCUACAUGAAGCGUCAGUCAGGCAUCUACGAGGGGACGUAUAAAGAAGAUCUUACAUCCAUUCAGAGCAAUCAGAGAUACAGAGUGCACGGGAAUGCCAUGGGGCCCAGGUGAAUCAAUACUAUCAAUACCCCCAUGGAAGACUGUGUGGGCGCUCAAUCCACAUUUCUCACUCUGCUGUGA